UUCAAUUAAGCUCACAUGGCUCACGUACUUGAAUCAGGCCAGACCGUAGCUAAGCGGAAAGCACUGCAUAUAUAUGGAAAUAAACAGUCGAGUGCUUUGAAAAAUGAAGAUGCUGCACAAAGGAAGGCGGCGCUUGAAGCUGCCAUUAGAAAGAAGAUUGAGGCUGAGCGAAAAGCCUUGCAGGUUGUCGAACGUCUGUUGGAAGAAGAUAUCACGGAAGAAUUCCUUGUGGAUUGUGGGAAGAGUAUAACACCUCCUCACUAUAAGGAUGUUGUGGAAGAACGAUUUAUCAUCAAGUUGUGUGGCUACCCCAUAUGCCGAAAGAGGCUACAGAAUGUGCCAAAACAAAAGUACAAAAUAUCAACCAAAACAAACAAAGUGUAUGAUAUCACUGAAAGAAAGUGUUUUUGCAGUAACUUCUGCUACAGAGCAUCAAAAUACUUCGAAGCUCAGAUUUCAAAAAGUCCUGUGUGGCUGCGAGAAGAAGAAAGGCCACCAGACAUUGAAUUACUGAAGGAUGGGGAAAGUGGCCACUCUGGGAAGGAGGUGAAAUUAGUCAACGAAGCAAUCAACACAUUAGACAUUGAAAACCCUCUCCCAGCAGCAACCCAGGGCGACUCCAGCGUAGACAGUGAGAGCAGCAGUGAGGCCGAACAAGAAUUCGUCUCCUCCGUUCUGCAAGAAAAGAAUGUACCUCCAUUGCCCAGGAAGGGUAUUCUCAAAGAGAAGUGCAUGCGGAGAGCACAACUCAAACCUACCAAUGCAGACGCCUCCGUUAAUGAUGCCGCAGAGCAGUUAAGUCGGUGCAAAUUAGACACUCGAGGAGAAGAACAUGUUCUGGAUAGCUCUCAGAUUAAAGGAGCUCCUGUUUCUCUAUCCAGUCCUAGUCCUGAAACUGUCCAGCUCUCUGAAGGCUUUGGAGAUGGCUCCAGCGGCUCGCAAGUAGUUUUCCUGGGUGUGAGCCCAAAAGGGGCAGAACUGUUUAAAAAGUUGCUUGCCAAAUCGAAACAGACUGCGAAGCCUGGCUCGGAAGGCCCAGCCGACCCCCUCACUGCCAAAUGUAGCUUGCUAGAAGGGCUGAGGCAGACCUUUACCGAAUGGAGGACUGAGGAGACGGCGAAGCUCCUCCGCGGCAGUGAUGCCGCAGCCACCUAUGCACCACAGCCCUCUCCGGCAGCUGGCCGUGAGGCAGAGGAGGAGCUUGACGAGGAUGACUUGGAGAGUGUCGAUGAACCUAACAAGGCCGUUUCUGAGAGAGGCGCCCAGAACCCUUUCAGCCAGCCAUUGCCUUUCAAGGCCUCGAGUCCAGCAGCAAAACCUAUACCCAGCUAUGAGAAACUGAAAGAAGAGACCUCACAGUUAGAGUUAAAGGUGCAGGAAUUUUACAGAGGAAACUUCGCCUUAGGCGAAGAAGAUCUGGCAACCCUGUCGAGAGGGGAGAAGCAUCACGGCAAUGACAAUGGUGAUCAUCAGUGGCCCCCUGCCCUCCCGCUUGUAGAUUCUAAAGCUCAGCAGCAGAUUCGGACACGAAUUGUCCUCGAAAAGCUGCGAAAAGUUUUGCCUGCUGUUUUGGGCCCUCUUCGGAUUCCUCUUGGGGAUGUUUACAGUGAACUUAAAGAUCUUGUUAAGACAUUCAGGUUAACAAAUACAAAUAUUAUUCACAAAACUCCUGUAUGGACCCUGAUUGCCAUUGUGCUUUUGUCCGUGUUGUCGCAAAAUAUUCCCAUCUUUGCAAGUUCCCAGCACAGCCAAGGAUAUUCGCAGUUCCUGGCUACUUUGCUUGAAGAAUUACACUUCAAAAAUGAAGAUUUUGAAAGUUUAACAAGAAUAUUCAGAAGCGAUAGUCUUCCAUACUGAUAAGUGGACUACGCUAAAAUUUGGACACCGAGACAGAUCAUCUUUCCAGGUCUUUCACCAUUUUCAUCAAGUUGCCCUAAUGGAGAGGUGGCUGUCCACAUCCUAUUGAACUUCAACUUCCAUUAGCCACAGCCAUCAUGUCCUUCGAUCAGGGAUUAUGGGAGCUGUAGUCCACCAACAUUUGGAGGGCAAAAGGUUCUUCAUCACUAUAAUGGAACACCAGCAUUUUGUGUUUGUGUCCGUGUGCCAUUAACUUCCUAAGGAAAUUGUGUCAUUCAGCAUUUCUGAAAAGCUAAAGCAAAUCUAAGGUGCAGUUCUAGUUCUUUUUUUCCAGAAAGAAGUGCCUUAGUAAAGUACAUCAAAGAAACAUAAUCUGAAUUGUCAUUUCAGUAGUCACAAAAUAAUAUAACAUCCUAUGGUUAUUAUGAUAUGGAACUUCUUAAUAAAGUGCUUAUUUUGCUUAUUUA